AGAAGUAGAAAAAAUAAAACCCUACACCCGCUCAUCUGGCCGAUUGAAGAGUCUGUUCGCUUUCUCUCCAUACAUAUCUACCGACGUGUAUAUAUAUAUAUAUGAUUCAAGGUAAUUAUAGUGAAUAGAAUCACAAAAUGGCGGCGGCGGAGAAUUCAGCAGCAGCAUCUAGUAGUAGAUCUAGUGGCAGCGGCGGCGGAGCAACGGCGGACUCGUAUAUCGGCAGCUUGAUAAGCUUGACUUCGAAGAGUGAGAUUAGAUACGAAGGUAUUCUUUACAACAUCAACACGGAAGAAUCUAGCAUCGGCCUCCGUAACGUGAGAUCAUUUGGAACAGAAGGACGAAAAAAGGAUGGUCCACAAGUCCCUCCUAGUGACAAAGUUUAUGAGUAUAUACUGUUUAGAGGAAGUGAUAUCAAGGAUCUUCAGGUCAAAUCUUCUCCGCCUGUUCAAAGUACGCCACCUAUAAACAGCGAUCCGGCCAUUAUUCAGUCUCACUAUCCUCUUCCAGCAACUGCACCCACAAGCUUGCCCACAGUUGUUUCUGGGUCUUUGACAGAUCUUGGUUCUCAUUCUACUCAGUUGGGACACCCCGGGUCAACUUUCCAAAGUGGUCUGCCUUUAUAUCAACCAGGAGCGAACUUGAACUCUUGGGGGCCUUCUCCUCCACCAAAUGCUAAUGGAAGUGGGAUAGCUAUGCCAAUGUAUUGGCAGGGAAUCUAUGGCGCACCAAAUGGCCUCACUCAACAACCCCAACAGUCCUUGCUUCGGCCACCUCCGGGACUGUCAAUGCCUCCAUCAAUGCAACAUAUGCCAUAUUCUGGUUUUAACUCAUCUUUACCACCAGGAGUAUCAAGCUUUCCAGGUUCGAAUCUGCCAGAAUAUCCUUCUCCCUUGGUUCUUAAUAACACUGCUUCUGUUAGCUUAAGCUCUACUUCUUUACCUUCUUCAACUCUGUAUUUGAGUGUUCCUCCACUGCAAUCUGUGUCACCGGCAUCUGAAACAAUGUCAAAUCCAAUGCCAAAUAAAGCUCCUAUUUCAGCUAUCCCUAUCUCAACACAGAGUUCUAGCUUUUCACCUUUGGCUCCGCUGUCUUCAUCAAUUCCUGACAAUUCUGGAAUGCCUUCAGUUGCUAGCAAACCUAGUGCAAUAUCCAGCCCAGUAGCCUUGCCACAUCAGACCAUGUCUCAGCCUUUGACGUCUGUUUGUGGGACAUCAAGAUCAGUUCUUGCAGAAACAUCCGCCCCUUCACUUAUAACCCCUGGUCAGCUGCUGCAAUCUGGACCAACUACAGCUCCUUCAACUCAACAUUCUCAAACAGCUCAGAGGGAUGUGGAAGUAGUUCAAGUGACAUCAAAGCCAUCUGCAGUUCGACCUGUUACAGUUGCAACUGAAACUCAACCACCAAUAUUACCUUUGCCCCAAAGCACAAGAUUCCAAAAGUUGCCAAAUGGAGCUACUUAUCAGAUGCGUAACAAUUACAGAGGGCGUGGUGGAAGAGGAAGAGGACCUGGACCUGGAUCUGGAUCUGGACCUGCGAGAACGCCAGUGGCAAAGUUCACUGAAGAUUUUGAUUUCACUGCGAUGAAUGAGAAAUUCAAAAAGGAUGAGGUCUGGGGCCAUCUGGGAAAAAGUAACAAAUCUCAAUUGAAGGAUGAGAAUGGAAACGACAGUGACGAAGAUGAUUUACAAGAUGAAGAUGAUGCUGAAUUGCCAAAGAUAGAGCCUGUUUAUAAUAAGGACGACUUUUUCGAUUCCCUUUCUUGUAAUGCACUGGACAAUGACCCAAAUCAUGGAAGAACUAGGUAUUCAGAGCAGAUGAAGCUAGAUACUGAGACUUUUGGAGAGUUUUCUAGGUAUGGAGGGGGCCGAGGAGGUCGGGGACCUGGUCGUGGUGGUCGUUUUCGUGGCUCUUAUCGUGGAAGGGGUUACGGGGGAUAUGGCUACGUUAGUAGGGGACGUGGUCGAGGUCCGUGGAAUCAUGCUUUGUAGAGUAUAUAAUAGUAGUGUAUGCCGUGCGUAUUCUGUAUUGAAGUUACUGCCUCCUCGCCCGUAGGCAUGGGAAGUGGUUUAGGACUUGCUUGUGCAUGUUUGCAAUUUCCUUCUGCUGGUUGUUUCAAUAAUAAAAUUAUUAUGUAUGUCAUAUAAGAUAAUAGUGUAUCUUUAACCCACGUUGUUGAAGUUCGAUCUAUUUGGAGUUGGAAGUCAAAUUUUCUUAACUGAAUCAAUGAUAAGGAGCUGUUUUCUGGUGCUUU